AUGUCGCUGCUGCCCCUGGCCCUGCUGGCCGCGCUGCUGGCCGCCGGCCGCGCCGCCAACCCUUGCUGCUCGAACCCCUGCCAGAACAGAGGCGUCUGCAUGACCGCCGGGCCGGAUCGCUACGAGUGCGACUGCACCAGGACAGGCUUCUACGGGCAGAACUGCACCACACCGGAAUUCUUCACGUGGCUGAAGCUAGCAUUGAAACCAUCGCCAAACACUGUCCACUACAUCCUCACCCACUUCCAAGGAGUCUGGAAUAUCAUCAACAACAUUCCCUUCUUAAGGGACGCUAUUAUGAGAUAUGUACUAACGUCAAGAUCACACUUGAUUGACAGCCCACCAACUUACAAUAGUGACUACAAUUACAAAACCUGGGAAGCUUAUUCCAAUCUUUCCUACUACACAAGAAGCCUUCCACCAGUAGGGCUUGACUGCCCAACACCAAUGGGUGUUAAAGGGAAGAAAGAGCUCCCGGAUUCAAAGCUGAUCGUGGAGAAGUUUUUGCUGAGGAGAAAGUUUAUUCCCGACCCACAAGGCACAAAUGUGAUGUUCACCUUCUUUGCCCAGCACUUCACCCACCAGUUCUUCAAGACGGACCAGAAGCGGGGCCCUGCCUUCACCAGAGCGCUCGGCCACGGGGUUGACUUGAACCACAUUUAUGGAGAGACUCUGGAGAGACAACUUAAACUGAGGCUUCGAAAGGAUGGAAAGCUAAAAUACCAGAUGAUCGAUGGAGAAAUGUACCCUCCGACGGUGCGGGACACACAGGCAGAGAUGCUGUACCCACCCCAUGUGCCUGAGCACCUGCGCUUCUCCGUGGGGCAGGAGGUGUUCGGGCUGGUGCCGGGGCUCAUGAUGUACGCCACGAUCUGGCUGCGCGAGCACAACCGCGUCUGCGAUGUGCUCAAGCACCAGCACCCCGAGUGGGACGACGAGCAGCUCUUCCAGACCGCCCGGCUCAUUCUCAUCGGAGAGACAAUCAAGAUCGUCAUAGAGGACUAUGUGCAGCACCUGAGUGGGUACCACUUCAAGCUGAAGUUUGACCCUGAGCUGUUGUUCAACCAGAAGUUCCAAUACCAGAACCGCAUCGCAGCCGAGUUCAACACCCUGUACCACUGGCACCCGCUGCUGCCCGACACCUUCCAGAUCCACGACCAGGAGUACACCUUCCAGCAGUUCCUCUACAACAACUCCAUCAUGCUGGAGCAUGGACUAUCCCAUAUGGUCAAAUCUUUCUCCAAGCAAAGUGCUGGCAGGGUUGCUGGUGGGAAGAAUGUUCCUGCUGCAGUGCAGAAAGUGGCAAAGGCCUCCAUUGACCAAAGCAGGCAGAUGAGGUACCAGUCCUUGAACGAGUACAGGAAACGCUUCAUGCUGAAACCAUUCCGAUCCUUCGAAGAGCUUACAGGAGAAAAAGAGAUGGCAGCGGAGCUGGAGGAGCUGUAUGGAGACAUCGAUGCCAUGGAGCUGUACCCAGGCCUGCUGGUGGAGAAGCCCCGGCCUGGGGCCAUCUUUGGGGAGACCAUGGUGGAGAUGGGGGCCCCAUUCUCCCUGAAGGGGCUGAUGGGCAACGCCAUCUGCUCUCCUGAGUACUGGAAGCCCAGCACCUUCGGGGGCAAGGUGGGCUUUGACAUCAUCAACACGGCCUCCCUGCAGAAGCUCAUCUGCAACAACGUGAAGGGCUGUCCCUUCACCGCCUUCCACAUCCUGCCUCCCGAGCCCACCGAGGCCACCAUUAAUGUUAGUACCUCAAAAACUGCCAUGGAAGAUAUCAACCCCACGCUCCUGCUGAAAGAGCGCUCUGCCGAGCUGUAGGAAUCCAGCUAUCUCUCUAUUUAUUUAUUUAUUUA